AUGAACAUUUUGCCCCCUCAUGCUGUCUUUACUGGCUUAAUUCAGGGCUGGGGCUGGGGAUUUGAUGUUGUGCGAACUCUUCUUCCGAGUGUUAUACCACCAUCAUAUAGGGGUGCUACCAUUCGUUAUCUGUACUAUGUUAGAAGUACAUUAUCUGGACAAUAUUUAAUGCUGGAGAAUGGACACUUUCCUGGAGAGUCAAUACGAGAUCUUGCUGAGCUGCAUUUUGGUGGUGGAACUGUCACAAUUACAUCUGAGUCUUGUAUUUCUGUCACCAAAAUCACUUUCAGUAAUGACUUCUAUGCCCAUUUCUUGUUGGCUAUAAGUUUUUUAAAUUACUGCAUGACAAAUGGCAUGGAACAGGAAGCCCGAAUUCCCCUGCAAAUAUGGGUCACUCAGAAAACAAAUGGCUUGCUAAUUGAAGGAGGUCAAACUGAUGGAAUUGUUCCUGCUAUAACCAUCAUAUUGGAUGUAUAUUGGAGAGAGAUGGACAGAGACUCUGAUUGGGCUAGAGCUAAUGAAACAUAUGAUGGAGUUGAGGAAGGUUAUGAAAGCUCCAGGGAUGAAAUCUCAUCUGUUUCUUCUUAUAAUCCCACCAAGGAAAAUAUAAACAAAGCUUUUGGAAGUUCGUUGUCCUUGCAAUCAUCUGUAGCAAGGUCUUCAAACAGAGAUUCUCCAUAUAUUGAAGAACGCACUAGCAUAUCUUCACAUUUGGUGCUUCCUCGGCUGUCUGUGGCAGAAAUCUUAUAUGAUUCUAGUGGGGAUGUUUUAUCACCCCAGAAGGCAUCAGCUAUGGUCUCUCCAAGUCAGCAGAUAAAACAUGUAAAAUCCCUUGCCACGGAUGAUGAAUCAAGAGGCCCAUCAGUCCCAGGAACUGUGGAACCUAUAGCAUCAGAAGGCUUUAUUCGAGGAAGAUCGUACAAUAUAAGGCUGGAUGACCAAGUUCUUUUAAGAUUUUCCCCGAAGAAUUCUGAUGCAACUUAUUAUUUCAGUGAUAUGAUAGGUGGUACUCUUACUUUCUUUCAUGAAGAAAGAGCUAGGAGAUGCCUUGAGCUUUUAAUAACACUAGAGUUGUCAGAGACUAUAAGUCGUCGUUCUGUCCAUCCUUCUCGAAGACAUUCACCUACAGUUACUAAGGUUUUCAGUGAUUACCAUGAGGUAGUUGCUGAUUUGGUGCAGACAAGCUUUCUCUUUUCCAUUCCCAUGGAUGGGCCCAUGUCUUUUUCCACUCGCCAUGUCUCUGUGCAAUGGGCUCUUCGGUUUGAAUUCUUUACGACACCGAAGAAUGUAGACUGGACCAGGUUUGUGGGAGAUGGAGAAGUAUCAACGUCUUCUCUGUUUUCUUUGGUCCAACUCAUGACAUUCUAG